UGGGCCACAACUGACAGUCUGGAAGCCUGUGAGGAGGCCGAGGGACCAGAGCUCACCCUCCUAGGCCCCAGGAGCAGCUUCAGGAACAGGAUGUCCACAGAACAGCAGGACCCAGGGAGUUUCUUUAAAGAUAUAUUCCCGCACUUCAAAGCACAUAGAGUGAAGAUUUCAUUUGCAAUAAAAAAGCCAUUUCCUUUUUUUGAGAUCCUCCGUGACACCGAGCUCAUCACCGAGAAAAUGUAUAAUGAUUUUAGAGAUUCCUGUACAAACCUGGUCCCUGUACAAAAAGUGGUCUACAGAGCCCUGGACAUACUGGAGAAGAGAUUUGACCUAGAGGUUCUGAGGGUACUGUUCAAUGAAGAAAACAUGAAGGCAUACCCUGAUUUGGAAUUCAUUGCCAGAAGUUUUGAAAAUGUCUCACAGAACAGAUUGUGUUUCCAUGGAGGUGACAGAGGGUACCCGCACUCCCAGCUGUGCCUUGAACAAGGACCUGGUGACAGCUGUUCUGAGGAAAGCCUGACCUUGUCACCCUCCGCUCCCUCCUCAUCUGAUGGCUGUAGAAAUAAUGAUAGAAGAAAUACCACACUCAUCCAGGAAAAUCAAACUGAGAAUCAUCAAUCCUCUGGCCUCCAGACUGACAAUGUUUUCAGUUUAGUUAAAGACCUCGAUGAAACAGUACAGAUUAACGGAGUGAGAGGAGACACCACUGGUGACAAUACUGAUGGGCCAGAAAGGCACCAAGCAGCCACAGCACGAGGCUCGGGUUCUGAGCCGGAGGAGUCCUGUGAACUAGAACUGAACGACAGACACCCACACCUGGAGCCUCACAACCCGUUGCCCUGGAAAGAAGAAAGAGCAGUGCUACUCAGCCAUGGAAACCAAAUACAGCCCUGUUCUGUGCAUCUGGUAGAUAUAAAAAAGGAAAAUUCAUCAUUUUCCUUGGAUGGUGAACAACAGACCCAGGCAAGGACCAACCACAACCAGGCACCUGAGAUAAUAGUCCUCAGCAGCGAGGAUUCUGAUGAUGGAAACAACUCAGAAGAAGAAUCCACCUCAAUCAUCUGCCAGUCAAAGCCUUUGGAUUCCAGAGAACCUCACACAUCCAGAAUAACAAACAAGAGAAAAGGUACUUCUGGUACUGAUAGCUCGAGCACCAGCAAAAGAUACAGACGGAUAAGACAUACCCAAGAUGUCGAGAACAAUUCUGCUUCAGGAAAGGAUGGUGGAAAAAUAAGGAAAAAGAGAGACAGACACGGAAAUUACUCAAUUCGGAAUAUCAAAAUGCCACUGAAAACAAACUGGAUAAAAGGUGCUUUCCUAAGGAGACGUAUCAACUCAUCUUCACGAAGAAGCAGAAAAAGAGGUCGGAGAAUUCCCAGACAAAGAAAUGUGGAUUUUAACCGUCCUGAGCUUCCGGUGACCUGUGGUAAUGUUACGGGGACUCUGUAUAAGGAGAAAUAUCAGCAAGGGAUCCAUGAGAAGAGUAUACAGAGUGAGACUGGUCAAUGGUUCACCCCCAGGCAGUUUGAAAUCAAAGGAGACCGCGAAAAAUCCAAGAACUGGAGGCAAAGCAUACGUUGCUAUGGAUGGACCCUGAAAGAACUGAUAAAGAAAAAGCGUCUACCAGACCCACCAAGGAAAAAGAGAAAGAAAGAAAACCCACAAAAUCCACAGCGAACAAAGAAAAAGCUGAAAAUUUCAAAACAGUGUACAGUGUGCUGCCGAGGAUGGAGAUUGUGCCACUGUGCUAUUUGUGGAAAAUUCUAUCAUAAGAAAUGCCACAUCCCGCCUGUGGAAGACAAGAGUGGCCCAUGGAGUUGUGUCUUCUGCAAGAUAAAGGAUCAGUUAAGGUGCCAAGAAAAUCAAGCACGUUAUAAGGAAUCAGAGGUCCUGAAGAGGAAGAUGUUGCCUGAGGAGCAGCUGAAAUGUGAGCUGCUUCUCUUGAGUAUCUAUUGCCAUUCAAAAAGUCGCUUUUUUAUCCCCAAACCAAAGAAAAGGAGAGAGAACUUUCCAGAGCUCCUCGAGCACAUGUGGCUAGGCAAAGUCAAGUACAGGCUGAAUAAGAAGACGUACCCUUCAGUGCAGCAUUUUGUGGAGGACAUGCGCCGCAUCUUUCAGAACCACAGCAUAAUCUAUAAAAACAGCAAGUUCAACAACCUUGGAGUCACAGUAGGAAGCCUAUUUGAGAAGAAUUUCAAAAUAAUUUUUUCAAUCAAUGAUACAAGCAAACAACCUCAGCCAUGUAAGCACACUGUUUUGUUAACAUAGGCCUUCCUUUCUGUUCUCUCCACUAUCCAUCCCUCCAGCCAUCAACAGCACAAUGCUCAGAGAGCCCACCGUCCACUCCACCCUUCUGUGUAAACACCCUGCCACACUUCAGCUUCUGACUUUCUAUAUUGCCCUUCCUGUUCAAUUAUCUUCCUAAAUAAAACUUAACACUUGCAAUGUGCACCAUAAUGGUGAACUGUCAGGUGCUGAGGGAGCCCACUGAGAAGAUGACUCUGGAAGCAAGAUUGUACCCUUUCCUCAUUUUAAACCCAAGUAUGUUUGUCUCCAAAUGUCCUCCAGAGCAUCUUUUCUAAGGAUGGCCUGGCCCCUCUAACCCAGUGACUGAGCAGAGAAACUAGCAAAACAGGCCAAGAGUGAAAACACUGUGCUUGGGAACAGCUAGAAGGUGAACCAUUCCAACAGAUAUAACAACUGUUUUUCCUGUGAUAUAAAACGAGAAUGAGUAGCCAGAAGUUCAGCCCUGGGAGCUCAGCCAUGGAGAGAAAACUCAAUCAGGAACUGUGGCUGACUGCUCGGCUUCCAUAGACAGUUUCCACUGGCUGUUGUGAGCAUCCAAUUUGAUAAUGUUAUCUCUUUGUUGCUAUUUAUUCUUCAACCUGGAAGCCUCACCAAAGGCUAAUUCUGCUCUGCCCUGAACUCCACUGGGAGCUCUGCCAUCCCCCCUCCCUACCUGAGGACUCCCCCCAGUCAAUUCCCCCUGGAUAUUUCAAGCACACGGUUAAUGAUACUCUCUUGUUUUUAUAUUUACUCUUGUACUUCGGCUUGUUACAUACUUAAUAAACUCACCCAUUCAAAA